ACGUGCGGCGGCAGCAUGGCGGCGGCGGCGGGCGGCAGGCGGGCCAAGGCCCCGCGCGGGGCGGCGGCGCGGCGGCGGCCGGCGGCACCGGGCGGCGAUGGGAGACCGCGGGCUCGGGCCGGUCGGCCCGGCGACGAGGAGGUGUCCAGCGACUCCGAGACAGAGAGCCCGUUGCUGGGGCGGCGGCGGCGAGAGGCGGCGGAGGAGGAGGUGGAGGAGACGCCGCAGGAGAAGAAGCUGCGCCUGGCCAAGGAGUACCUGGAGGAGCUCCGGCAGCUCGAGGAGGAGCGGGCGGAGGACGAGGAGGAGCUGGAGCCGGCGGAUCUCAUCGGCGACCGGCUGAAGGAGGACGUGCUGGAGCAGAGAGGCCGGCUGCAGCGCCUGGUGGCCAAAGAUGUACAGCCUCCAGAUCCAGCCCGGAUCCGUGUGCUGCGGGGACACCAGCUACCCAUUACCUGCCUUGUCAUCUCUCCUGACGACAGAUUCAUUUUUUCUGCUUCCAAGGACGGCUCCCUCAUCAAAUGGGAGGUGGACAGUGGGAAGAGGCUGUGCGUGGUGCCCGGGGGCAGGAAGGGCACGGAGGAGCGGCACAUGGGGCACGCGUCCCAAGUCCUUUGCAUGGCCAUUUCGUCGGAUGGCAAGUACCUGGCUACAGGAGACAGGAACAAGCUGAUCAUGAUCUGGGAUGCAGCCACCUGCAAGCGCCUGCACAUCUUCACGGGGCACCGCGACGCCGUCUCGGGCCUGGCCUUCCGAAAGGGCACACACCAGCUGUACAGCGCUUCCCACGACCGCUGCGUCAAGGUCUGGGACGUGGCUGAGAACGCCUACGUGGAGACCCUGUUUGGACACCAGGACAUCAUCACGGGGCUGGACAGCCUGAGCCGGGAGUGCUGUGUGACAGCGGGGGGACGGGACGGCACCGUGCGGCUCUGGAAGAUCCCUGAGGAAUCACAGCUCGUGUUUUCUGGGCACCAGGGCUCCAUCGACUGCAUCCAGCUCAUCAACGAGGAGCACAUGGUGUCUGGUGCUGACGAUGGGUCCUUAGCCCUGUGGGGGCUGACGAAGAAGAAGCCGCUGGCGCUGGCUCGGCAGGCGCACGGUGAGCAGGACGCCCAGGGCCUGCAGCAGCCCUUCUGGAUCUCAGCCGUGGCUGCCCUGCGCAACAGCGACCUCCUGGCCACAGGAUCCCACAGCGGCAGUGUGAAGCUCUGGAAGUGCGGUGAAGGAUUUCGGAAGCUGGAGCACCUCUUGGACAUCCCCUUGGUGGGUUUUGUCAACAGCCUCAAGUUCUCCGCAGCUGGUGACUUCCUGGUGGCUGGCAUCGGGCAGGAGCACCGGCUGGGACGGUGGUGGAGAAUCAAAGAAGCCAAAAACAGCAUCUGCAUCAUCCCCCUGAAGCAGAAGACCACAGCCUCUAGCCCUGAAGAGGGCUCCCCUGGCAGCUCCUAGCCCUCUGUCCCUGGAGCCACUGGAGCAGGUCCUUCUCUCCCUGGAGCUGUGCCCCCCACCCUUGGUGCAGCCACCACCGUGCUCAGCAGGAUGUGAGUGGGAGUUGUUGUCACACGGCCCCUGAUUCUGCUGCCCCCAUAUCUUGAUGUGGCUCUGCCCUCUGCGAGGGUCUGUUCCCUUCUCUCAGGUUUGGCUGUACCUGAGCUCUGGAACAAUCCAUUUUGUAAA